GAGAGAGAGAGAGAGAGAGAGAAGAGAAACAACCAUGGCGGCAACAGUAAGUGCAUGGGCCAAACCAGGCGCGUGGGCUCUCGAUUCUGAAGAACACGAAGAAGAAAUCCAACAACAAAAGCAAGACGAAACCGUCACCGGAAACAACCACGCCGACGGUGGUGACACGGCGGCGCUCUCCGACUUCCCAUCUCUCGCCAUCGGUGCGUCCACCAAAACGAAGAAAAAGAAGGCCCAAACCCUAUCUUUGCAAGAGUUCUCCACUUAUGGGUCCGUUAAGCCGGCUCAAUCGAGGCAAGCCGCCUCCAAGGGCCCCACCACCGAAGAUCUCAUGAUGCUUCCCACCGGUCCUCGUCAGCGAACCGCCGAGGAGCUCGACCGUUCCAGACUCGGCGGUGGAUUUAGAUCGUACGGUUCCAACGGUUACGGUUCGCAUGACAGGUCUUCUUCUGAUGAGUCGCGCAGACAGGGAGGGUUUAAUAGGGACUCAAACCGAGAAUUAGCGCCUUCCCGUGCCGAUGAGAUUGAUGAUUGGGGAAAGGGGAAGAAGUCACCUGUUGGUAAUGGAUUUGAAAGGAGAGAGAGAGGAUGGUUUUUCUCUGAUUCGCAGUCUAGGGCCGAUGAAUUGGAUAGUUGGGUAUCUGAUAAGACUGUUGUUCCAUCAGAGGGACGUAGAUUUGGCGCUACCGGUGGUGGCACGGCUUCGGAUAAUUGGGGAAAGAAGAAAGACGAGGAGGGACGGAGAUUUGGUAGUGGUAGUAGUGCGUUUGAUAGUCUCAGAGAGAGAAGAGGGGGUAAUGAGUCGGCAUUGAAUGCAGAUUCGGAUAAUUGGGGUAAGAAGAGAGAAGAAGGAAGUGGGGGUACAAGGCCAAGGCUGAAUUUGCAGCCACGGAGUUUGCCGGUGGGUGAGGGGCAACAAAAUGGGACGGGAAGUGUAGUGAAACCUAAGGGUUCGAGCCCUUUUGGAGAUGCGAAGCCUAGAGAGGAGGUUCUGAAGGAAAAGGGGAAAGACUGGAAGGAGAUUGAUGAAAAACUUGAGUCGAUGAAGACAAAGGAUGUGGGUUCGACAGAUGGACAGUCGUUUGGGCGGAGGACUUUCGGGAGUGGUAAUGACAGGAUUAGCUUGCCGGAAGAUAGGACCGAGAAGGGCUGGAGGAAGACGGAUUCAGUUGAUGUUCGUCCUCAAAGUGCUGAGAAAAUUGAAAAUGGACUUGUUGAAGAAGCUGAAGAUGCGGACCCACGCAUGCGAUGCUGAUGAUGUUAGAUUAAAGGCACAAGGAGCAGGUGGAUGGAAAACUGAAGGGUGUUGGAUCUGAGAUAUUUUCUCUCUUUUCUUCUGUGUUGUUGUCCUGAUUGGUGUUACUGAGAGGCUGAGCAUAAAAUGCAGUUUUGGUAGAUUUAGUAGAAGAACAAUAGCCUGAAUGGCUCAUUUCUAAUGGGUGUCAUAGUGUAGCAUUAUGUUUGUAAUACAUUAUUACUUUUGUUGUUUGUUUUUCGGAAAAUACUAUUUUGAGUUAAAAAUCUGACAUAAUUUGUUGACUUAAUGACGUGGUUUCAUUGGAAUCAUUGGAUUAACACCAAGUUUCAAUGUUUGAUGAAGCUAACAGUCAAUCUAAAGAUCAUAGUGAAUUAAGUCAACAAAUUAGGUCUCAAAGUAUUGUUCUUAUUUUUCUCUUCGAUUUUGCAAUAUUGUGAUGAACUUGAAGAAUAGAGCGGAUUCCAGAAGUUUUUUUUCCCAUUAGCAGUUAUUUGAGACGUUACUUAUCCUUGUAUUAUAAUUUUAAGUACCUUUUGUAUACCG